ACUUAUCACAUUCGAUUCUCUAUCGAAGCGAUAAUGUUUCAUUUUGAUAUCUGGUUCAGGCUUUUUUGGGCUAUUCAUUCACGUUUUAGAAUCACAGUGUGAUGGAGUUCUUUGAGUUCUCUGAACAAAUCGCUCUCCUAAGGGAGAAUUUUCCUCUGGAGAGGUACAUCUUCGGAGCUGGAGUUGCUAUUGUGACGAUCUUCUUGUAUAGGAAAUACGUUGAGGGUGGUCAGUUCCGAAAGAAUCAUGUGAAGAUGGAUGGAAAGGUCGUUAUCAUAACAGGAGCAAAUACAGGAAUUGGAAAGGAAACAGCUUUGGACCUGGCUAGGAGAAAUGCCAAGAUUUAUCUGGCUUGCAGAGAUCAAAAGCGUUGUGAAGAAGCUCGACAGGACAUCAUUGAGCAAACAGGGAAUACAAAGAUUUACAAUAGACAUCUCGAUCUGAACUCUCUCAAGUCCGUUAGAGAUUUUGCUGCUCAGUUUUCCAAAGAGGAGAAGCACCUGGACGUCCUGAUUAACAAUGCUGGAGUGUUUUUCCUUCCUCACUCUAUAACUAAAGAUGGUUGUGAAACUACCCUCCAGGUUAAUCAUAUCAGUCAUUUCCUCCUUACUCAUCUUCUUCUGGAGCAUCUUAAGAAAGCUCCUCAAGGAAGGAUUGUGAAUGUGUCUAGUUUACUGUAUGGUAGAGCCAAAAUAGAUGAAGAUGAUCUUCAUCUUAAAAAAUCCUUCGGGAAGUAUAAGGCUUAUGCCAACUCGAAGCUUGCUCAAAUCCUUACAACUCAGAGACUUGCUAAAGAAUUGGAAGGCACCAACAUUACUGUUUACAGUCUCCAUCCCGGAGUUAUUCAGACUGAAAUCGGACGAAAUAUGAACAUCCCAAAACCACUUCAGUGGAUAAUGAAUCCUGUCUUUGGCUUUCUUUUCAAUAAAUCCGUUAAAUCAGGGGCUCAGACACAAAUUCGUUGUGCUGUCGAUCCCGAAUUGGCCACAGUUUCUGGAAAAUACUUCAGUGAUUGUGAAGAAGUUAAAGAGAAGAAAUUGUUGGAUCCGGCUAAAGAUAACGACCUCAGGGAUUUUAUCUGGAAGGAGAGUAUACGCCUGGCUAAAAUUCCCAGUGAUUUUUCUUACAAAUAAUUGUGAAAUAAAUUUAAAGACUUUGAAAUUUUUUAUUGGCUGUUCAUAUUCACUAGAGAUCAUAUUUUUGACAGUUUUUGGUGGAAUUGCGUGAUUUUGAAGCGGUUCUAAGACUCAGAAAUAUCGAGGAUUUUGGCUUUCAAAUUUUUUUUAUAAUUUGACAUUUUUUAAGAGGUUUUUUCUUAUUUUUAAUUAAUAUUAUUAAAAGUGUAAAUUAAAAA